CAAAAGUAAUAUCAGUUACAUCCUUAUUUACUUUUCAUACUGAUGUUGUAGCCAUGUAGUGAACUUACUUCAAGUCAGUCCAAAUUGGGAUUAGAUAUUUAUCUGCACUAAAAGUCGAGUACACGUGUCACGUCGUAAGUAAAAAGGAAAGCUAGACACUUCCACGAGAAAGCGGGACCCAUGUGAAUCCACGUGGAUCACUUGUUCCUUACCCCCUCUUGUUCAUCUGCCGCCUCGUUUUCUGCUCACAGUCUCCAAGUUCCAUCGUAGCUCCCUCCCUCCGUCCACAUUCUCUGAUCAAUCAACCAUGGCGCAUCUUCUUCAACAAAUCUCCGGUUUCGGAGCUCUCGAACGAUCUCCUCCGUCGCUUUUGAUCGGAUCCGGGAACGGGAACGGCCGCGUAUUCGGCGGGAGAGGAAAGGUCGGGUUCAGCAGGCGAAAGCUCGUUCUCAAGGUUGUUGCGAUGUCGUCUUCGUCUACGUUCAAGAUGAAUUUGAAUGAGUAUAUGGUCACGCUCGAGAAGCCUCUCGGGAUUCGCUUCGCUCUGUCAGCAGAUGGCAAGAUCUUCGUCCACGCCAUCAAAAAAGGGAGUAAUGCGGAGAAGGCGAGGAUCAUUAUGGUUGGAGAUACUCUUAAGAAGGCUUCCUCUGGUGGUUCUCUUGUCGAAAUCAAUGAUUUUGGUGAUACCGAGAAGAUGCUGGUAGAGAGAAGUGGAUCGUUUAGCCUUGUUCUUGAAAGACCAUUCUCCCCGUUUCCUAUUCAAUACCUUGUUCACUUGAGCGACCUUGAUUUGCUCUAUAACAGAGGCCGCGUCUCCUUUGUUACUUGGAACCAGAAUCUUUUGUCAUCCAAUCUCAGAGCAGAAGCAUCACAAGGCAGUGGCAACACUGGCUAUGCUGCUUUUUCCUCCAAAUUCUUUACUCCUCAUGGAUGGAAACUUUUGACCAAAAAUAGCAGUUCCUUUCAGUCAGGGACGCAGAAGAACAUUCUUUCUCCACCUAUCAGUCCAAUUGUCUGCGUCUUUUCAGAACAAGACCCUGGAGAUGGGGAGUGGGGUUAUGGUAAUUUCCCUCUAGAGGAAUACAUCAAGGCCCUUGACCGAUCCAAAGGAGAGCUUCAUUAUAACCAUGCUCUUGGAAUGCGUUACAGUAAGAUUACAGAGCAGAUAUAUGUUGGCUCAUGUAUACAAACAGAAGAUGAUGUAGAAAAUUUAUCUGACGCAGGAAUUACUGCUAUACUGAACUUCCAAGGUGGAACUGAAGCUCAAAACUGGGGAAUUGAUUCACAAAAAAUCAACCAUGCAUGCCAAAAAUCUGAAAUCUUAAUGAUCAACUAUCCUAUUAAGGAUGCAGAUUCCUUUGAUCUGAGGAAGAAACUACCACUUUGUGUUGGCCUCUUAUUACGAUUACUUAAAAAGAACCAUCGUGUGUUUGUAACUUGUACCACUGGUUUUGACCGGUCGUCAGCUUGUGUGAUUGCUUAUCUACACUGGAUGACAGAUACCUCUCUUCAUGCUGCUUAUAGUUUCGUUACAGGAUUGCACGCUUGCAAACCUGACAGACCUGCAAUUGCUUGGGCAACGUGGGAUCUAAUUGCAAUGGUGGACGAUGGCAAACAUGAUGAACCUCCAACACACGCUGUGACCUUUGUGUGGAAUGGACAUGAGGGGGAGGAUGUAUUGUUGGUUGGGGAUUUCACUGGAAACUGGAAAGAACCGAUAAAGGCAACGCACAAGGGCGGUCCACGUUUUGAAACAGAAGUUAGGCUUUCACAGGGAAAAUACUAUUACAAGUAUAUAAUCAAUGGCGACUGGAGGCAUUCAACAACUUCACCAACGGAAAGGGAUGAUCGAGGAAACACUAACAAUAUAAUAGUAGUUGGAGAUGUUGCUAACGUCAGGCCUACCAUUCAACAGCCAAGAAAGGAUGCAAAUAUCAUAAAAGUGAUAGAGAGAGUGCUGACAGAGAGCGAAAGGUUCAGGUUGGCAAAAGCAGCUCGGUGUAUUGCAUUCUCAGUCUGUCCAAUUAGACUUUGUCCAAAAUAGUUUUUUUUUUCUGUUUAUUUAUGGGCAUAAACCAAAUAUUACUUCAACAAUGAAGGAAAAUACAUAGUAAACACAUUAUAAAAUGAGUUAUUUGAUUAUUCAGAGAAAAACUAAUCAACAAGAAGUAGAAAAUUACUCUCCAAGUAUAAUCAUACUGCGUGCGUGUGUUAUCAACUGAAGCAAAAUAAAUAGAAAUCAUUUAGAACGGGCCAUGAAGUAAAGUUGCAUUGGGUCCAGAAAAAAAGCCCAAAGAAGAAGGAGACGGCCCGUUUAGAUUAGGGGUGGAUGAUUUGUUUAUAAAUAUAAACCUAAAUGGGACGUGCUCAUCCUCCACUACUACACUCGUUUACUCUUGAGCGGCACUCGUAAUCAGUCAGGAAACCCUUUGCUUUGCUUGCUAUGGCUCGUCGUGACUCUCCUCCCAACUUUGCUCAAGACUCAUGUACCAUCGAGUUUGACGGUGCUUCCAGAGGAAACCCUGGAAGAGCAGGUGCAGGAGCCGUUCUCCGUGCUCCAGAUAACACUGUGCUCUUCCGUUCUCGCGAGGGUUUAGGCUCUGCUACAAACAACGUUGCUGAGUAUCGAGCUCUCAAUCUUGGCCUCGAGACGGCUCUUAACAACGGCUUUAGAAAUGUGCGCGUCCAGGGUGAUUCACAGCUUGUCUGUAAGCAGGUUCAAGGUGAAUGGAGAACCCACCACCCGAAAAUGGCUGAGCUUUGUGGACAAGCACAGGAGCUGAUGAGUCAAUUUGACUCAUGUGAUGUUCAACACGUUCCCAGGGAAUUCAAUUCAGAGGCUGAUGCUCAAGCUAGCCGUGCGACCAAUCUGGCACAGGGUGAAAGUCAACAAGAUAUUGCAGGCCGCGGCUAUGGAAGAAGGGGAUACUAAUAUCCAAGUGGAGUAAUAUGCUUAUUCCUGUCUUCUUGUUUUCUUGUUUUGGGGAAUCAUGUCUUUUAGCAUGUUAUGUGUUAACAUGAUGAUGAACAUGCUCUUCUCUCUCUCUUUUGCUUUGUCCCACGGCAUGUUGACUUUCCAAGAACAUGUCUAUGUCGUCUACUGCUACUUAUUCUAUCCAAUAAGUUUUCCAUA